AUGAAAGGGAGGGAGGAUGUCGAGGGUGAUGCUUACCAUGAAACCUCUGCAGUUGUGUUAUUUGACCACAACUUUCAAUCUCUGAUUGUCAAAGCAUUGCAGGAUCAAGUUGUCCGAGACCUGCUAUCGCUGCCUUGUCGAUCGCACGAUCGCACGAUCUCCUGUCCAUCUUCACAUCCUACUCAGCGCGGCGGAGGCAGAGGCAGAGGAGGCCGUGGAGGCGGCGGAGGUGACAGACGACCACCACCACCGAGAGCGCCUCGUCGAGAGGAGUAUCCCAGAGAUGGCGUACGAAAGGGCGUUCCUGCCGUACAGUACCGACGCGAUGAACCCGCCAACCUCGACUCGUACGGAUGUCUUGAUGAAAGAGAGAUGGACCAUGGGCUGACGAGGCGUAGCGACUGGGUACACGAUCGAUUCGAGGGAGAACGAUACGACCGCUCGCAGAGACAUGCGCCAGUUGAAGACGAUCGUUAUGCUCCGCGUGGUGCCGCAACCACUGGUGGAAGCAAGAUCCGUGUCGACAACAUCCACUACGAGCUCACAGAGAACGACCUUCGCGAACUAUUCGAACGCAUAGGCCCAGUCGCUUCCGUCCGCCUCCUCUACGACCGCGCCGACCGCUCCCAAGGAACCGCAUUCGUAAUCUACGAAGACCCACGCGACGCAUCCGAUGCAGUCCAGCAAUUCGACGGCCAAAAUGCCAACGGUCAAGCAAUUCGCAUGACCCUCCUGCCCGCCGGCCCAGCACCUUCCGCACCACGCGGCUCGCUCUUCGACCGCAUCGAAAAGCCACCACGCAGCCUCUUCGACCGGAUCGACAAUGGUCCCGACCCUCGAGACGAUAGCCGCAGACGAAGACAGCGAAGCGAUAGCCCUCGCAGAGGAGGUGGAGGCCGAGCGGCAUCAGACGUCGACCGCUACGUACCCGGAGGAGCCCGCGGCGGCGAGCGAUCCCCAAUCCGACGCAGAGGCACACCGCGUGAAGGCGGCCGACGACCAGGCGCGAGGAGAGAGGAGAGUGGCACAGGUGGACGUGGAGGCAGAGGAGGACGCCGCCCACGUACCGAUGAACAGGGACAUGAAUUGGUGGGUGGACGACCUCGCAAGACGGCGGAAGAGCUGGACGCUGAGAUGGCGGACUAUUGGGGCUCGAAGGGAGGAGAUGAUGCACCGGCUGGGAAUGGCGAGGCGACUGCUGCGAGCAACGGAGCGAAUGGCGGUGCCGGGGAUAUCGAUAUGGAUAUUUGA